AUUUGAGUUUUGUUUGAAUGGCCACGGGCGGAGUGGACAGGGAGUCGCAUUGUUUUUAAGUUUUAGCGAUGUAGAAAUGGCAGCUAACCAAAGCGCGUCGGGGUCGUCGGAUUCCGAAUCACCGUCCCUGUUCGACUCAUCGUCUCAACCAGCGCCCAACAGUCGCAGCUUUAACAGGAGUGUGAGAGUAGCGGAGAAAGAAAGAAGGAAGAACGAGGCGGAGGACCCGUUCGUUCUGGCCCUCAAGUUCUUCUCUGACGUGGAAGCAGGAACUCCAGCUUUUGGGAAUGAUAACUUGGAGAGGAACCUGGUGCUGGUGGAGAGGGUGGCCUACAGUAAAGGACUUUCCCCAGAAGCCAUCUCUGUUAUGCUGGAGUUUGCCAUGAGCCUCCGUAUGGGGACUAGUCCAUGUGUGCGGGUGCUGAAGUGUCUGGUUCCUGCCUCUGUGGUGCCACAGGAGGCUGUUGUCAGAGCGAUGGUUUGGCUGGGUGUCUGCAAAAUACCCGCCAGCACUCAAGUUCUUUUUAUAAAGUGGGUGUUGACCAUAUUUGACAUGAUUGAUGCAAAGGACCAGCUGCGGGCCAUCUAUGGGUUCAUCUUCAGCUUUGUCACGGAGGAAUAUCUGUGUCCUUUCGUCUGCCACCUGCUGUACCUUUUGACCAGAAAGGAAAGUGUACGACACUUCAGAGUACAGAAGCUGCUGGAGCUGCAGUCUAAGCUGGGAAGGCAGCCGUUCCUCUUGCACCUUCUGUCACUUUACAAAGUGUUUUGUCCUGAAUAUGUGACUCUCUCCAUUCCAUCACGAAUGAAGAGUGGAUUUAGGAACCACAAUUCUCCCUGGAAGUCGGCGUUGAUUGCUGUCCAGAGGAGGAAUGGCUCCCAGAUUGCCUCCAGCGCCAGUCUGCCUUCCACAAUUAAAGAUAAGACCAGCUCGCGGAAAAGGAAACACUAUCACCUGGAGUUGCCAGUUUUGUGCUCGCAAGUGAAUAAACAGGCUCAGACGGAGCCGUCGUUAGGCAGAAAGUUGGUCCCUCUGGUGCAGCUCAGCUCCUUUACACAACUCCUUGACCACAUGCACCGUAUAGAGCUGCCUGCUCAGAUGGGCUCACUGCUGGGUUCCAGUCUGGCACUACAGUACCUGGACUGCGUACAGGAUGAGUUUGCUCUCCUACGCCUUAACUUCUGGCUAGGCUACGCCCUCCACGAAGAAUUCCUGUUCUGUGGCGAUGGAAGAGCUUCGAAUUCCGAAGAAGCGCUCCAGUUUUUGGACAAGUUGCUGUCCACACAGCACUUUCUCCAGGAAUCAUUUUCCAGCACAGAAGUGUUCCUGUACAAGUUCCUCAGCGUUUGGGAUGGCUCCCUCCUCCGCCCACAGAUCCUCAGCCUGCUGAGCAACAUUCCUGUUGUCCCCAGCUCCCAAAUCGGGCGGCUCCUGUUUGAGCCCCUCAUGCAGCUCUUCUUCACAUCCUCGCUGUUUUUCAAGUGUGGACUGAUCGAGUGCCUCAACAGUAUGCUCCUGAAGUGGCUGGUCUGGCAUUCAGUGUACGCUCUGGAGGAUGACCUCGACAUCAGCCUCAACAGCCACACCUCUGUAAACAUGACCCUGUCUGGGUUCAAGGAUUCGGUGAUGGAGCUGGUUCACUUCGUGGGUCGCCUCGCCUCUGUGGGCCUUCAGCUGGAAGGCGGCCACUCCCUUCUCCUCAGCUUCAUCCUGGACUUCUAUGAGACGGUGUGUGAUACAUUUUUGAAGUACGGGCUCCCCCUCAUCGUGAUGUUCCCACCUGGCGUUUUUUUCCCAGCCCUGCUCUCCCCUGACCCUGUUAGCGUGGAUCGACUGGCCUACAUCAUGUACAGGUACAAAGUGAACUUGACGUCAGCUAAGAAUCAAGAAAAAGGCACAGAGCAGGCCUUUCACAUCAACCGGCAGACGUUUCGCGAGUUCAACCACUACCUGGUCGUCAUGGUCAGCUGCCUGUGGAACUCCAGAAUGUUUCAUUCGGGCAUGGGGGUAGAACUGGGAGAGGAGCUGCUCCUCAAGAGCAACGUGCCACAAUACUCAAAGAGUUUUGACCUGGUCCACCACCCUGCUUUCCUGAGCUAUGCCGUCGACUUUCACCACAAGUGUUGGCCUGAGAGAAAGGACUUGGACCUCGAUUCCAUAAAGCAAUCCAAGCCAUGGAGCUGGUACCUGGAGUACCUGCACAACCAAGGAUAUGACGGCCUUAAACAGAUUGUUCCGGCCCCGUAGCCCCGAGGAGACGACGUGGACGACAUCCAACUUCUCCAAGGAACCAAACAGGCUUUUUUCUUUUUUAGCCUUCAUUGCUCAUUAAAACCUACAUGAAUUAACUUAUUUUUAAUAGUUCUAUUUCAACAACACUGUUGAAUGGAAUUUUGGGAUAUCGAUAUUUUGAGAGGCUGCUUUGUAUAAAGCCUGAUUUUUUUUUUUUUUUUUGCUUGCUGAACCGGUUCCAUCAUCCCGUGCACUUGGCUAAAACUACAGCCAACACUGUUGAUGCCAUUUGCAAGUUAGUAAAUCAAAGCUGGGCAGCAGCACAUGACGUUAUAUUGCUGAAAGGACUUCACAGUAUAGUAGUAGUGUCUUCAGUCAUGCCACACUUUAAGAUCCAGUGUGUAACAUUUAGUGGGGGUGAAUGUAGUAUCAUAAGUUUCUAAUCGUAUUUGUAGCCUGAAUAAAUUCUCCUAACUUUUUGCUAUUUCUCUGUUCUAUUGGCCUGAAUGGUCAAACCAUUCUUUUUAAAAAGCUUUACUUAUCAAACCAAGUAGAACGCCAUCAUUUGUGAUAUGCGAAGGUCACCGUCGUUUCCCCAUGACACCCAUGGGAGAGGGCUAGGUUAGUGGAAGAGUCCUGCAGUCUGCAGUCUCACCAUUAGAUGUCACUAAUUCUUACACACUGGAUCUAUUUAAAGUGCUGCCAAGUGCCACAACAGCUCAUCAUAAUAUCCUAAAAAUCACACAUAGGACACACAAGAAAGUCAUAUUUACACUUACACUGCUAAAUUCAUUUAUUUAUUAUUUUUGUGGAUGAGGGCUGUAAUUUGACUGGCAUGUUUUUGCAGCAAACCCCCCCCCCCCACUCUGGUUCUCUCAGCUGUGAAUGAGUGCUGUGUCUCUAUGUGGAAACUGCCGCUCCGCCUCUGGUGCAGCCACAUCGAUCAACGGUAGACGCUGAAAACUUUCCCCAUUACUCAACGAAGACUUCACACGCGGGCGGCCGACGCACUAAUUGUUCAUCAGUCUGAUUAUUUUUCUCUUUUUUUAAAAAUUGCAAAUUAAUUCACGGAGGUGGAGGUUGAUGUCAGAGGACAGACAUUGCACUCUAUUACUGCAUCGCCUUGGCAGCGGGCCCAGUUUGUUCAGAGGAAACGGAGGACAGGCGAUGGGCAGGAUGACAGUCUGUACACACAGCAGAGCUAAACGCUCGUCUCGGUGGAGAGGGGGAAAAAAACAACAACCACUUGCAUCUUCCGCAUUUUUUAAAAGACUUGUACAUAUUUUAUCUCGCCCCUCUCUUCCAUGGGAGCUACUGCAAGUGAUCUUAGUGUGUUUUUAUGUACAUAGUUUUAUCUGUUUUGUACAUUUAUAAUGCUUUCUUAUAUGUAUUCUGUUUAAUUCAGCAGUACUGCCCUAGUCAGUGGUCGGUUCAAAACAGUACGUUUUACAGAGAACAUGUGUCUAAUGCAAAAAAAAAAUAUUUUUUUGCAAUAGAUUCAUGUUUUUUUGUUAAAUAUGAACACACUGACCAUGAACCUGUUACUCUCCUCGUAAUUUUUUUUUUUUUUUAGCUUACAGUUUGUUUUGUUAGAUUCUUGCCAUCUGCAAAACCUCACCCGCGCUCAUCGCUGAAAAUAAACCAGUGUAAGGCUUUUACUGUAGGAGCAAUUAAACUCAAUCUGUUGUCUCUUAUUGA